AAAGCGGGUCCGCAGGUGACAAGCAGAUCUGAGGUCACUGUAAAUUCGCAUGGAUACGUCGCGUCUGAGCGUCACUGUCCCUUCGGUUUUAGUGUGUUACCAUUGCUUAUUAGAAUGUAGACUGUCGGACUUCUGUGGGUAUAAUUGGGGCCUAGCCCCAUGUUAGGCUUUCGUUAUCAUCCACCGCUUGAUGGGGUCCUCCCAUUUGAUUUUUCACUUAAUAAUUCCUUCCAAGAUCUUCUCCAGAAGAAGCCAUUUCUUUGGCUUCGGCCAAGAAUGGAGCACCCGAGGCUCCGAGGGUGUAUUCGAAGCUUCACGACCUUCGCUAAACAAGGCUGAGCAAAUGUCGGGCAUUGGGUCAGUUCUGGGCUUGCUUUAGACAUAUCGUGAUCCAGGAACAAGCUGAUCAUGGGAAGCAGCUUUGCAAAUUCGUGAGGUUGGGAUGGACUACGAGCUUAAUUUACAAACUGCGGGCUCAGAUUCAGAGUUCUGAAUCUAUGGACCUUGUACGGCCAGGCAGCAGCGCUGUUCGCCACGGGGAUCAGAGUGGGAGUUGCCUGGGCAUGGAUGUCGGGGAAGAAUCCGAAGAGACGCCAAUGUCUCUAAGAGAUUAUUCAUUGCCGUGUUCUGGAGAGACCUGGAAAUAAGUCGAUGCCUACUUCAACAGCACUUUUAAUUAGUAGUCUUGGUCCGACACGUGUGGACUCAUCUUCAAGGCCAAAUCAUGGGACAGGAAGAGGGUGUCCCUCAAUUUUGCCCAGCGGUAACGAGCUGCUCUUCAAAAUCAGCAACAAUAAAAAGCUGAUCAAUGGUUACUGGACCCAAAGUACUCUAAGGCUAUUGGGUCCCAAAAGUGCAUCUGCAGCUACGGGUGUCGUGUACAUGGCUCCCCGGGGGCAUAUGUUGAAUGAAUUCUCAGGAAACAAAAUUGCUCGUCGGCAACUUCCAACUAUAGAGGAGAGAGCCGUGAAACACACGAAGGAUUACGGAAUUUGUUGGAAGACGCGCCGAAGUUGCUUUGGAGAAAGGCUUUCACCUCUUCACAUUCAGUCUUAUAGCUGCUUUAUGCUCGAGUAUUCAGGGUGCAGGGUCCGAGGCGAAUAUGUUGAGAGCCGCCUUCGAUACCUGGGCGAAGGGUUUGCAGGGUAGCGUUGCCCAGCAACCUUCCUGAGUUCAAGUCUUACAAAUCUUGGGAGACAAGACGUACCAUUCUGAAUAUCCUAGAAUUUCUCUUCCACUGGAGAAUGUCUCUUUCAUAAAGGAGGCGCUCACAGAACCAGCUGCAGGAGUAUUGGUCGGUUCAGCUCACAGUUCCGGAUAAUCUCGGUCACGCAUACACACAUGCCGAAAGCCAAAGAAACUUUGAUCUUGUUGUCCAUACGGGCGAUGAUACGCUUUCCUCUGUUUUGAGAAUCUUGUUUCGUCUGAUAGCCAAGAAACCAACCGAGUGUGACCAAAUGAUCGAGGACUACUCCGCACCUUACGACGAAAUUUAACUUGUGAAUUGCCGCAGAAAGAAGAUGGGGAGGCACUUACACUCGACGAAGUGAGGACACAUACGCAAGGCGAGUGGCGCCAGAAAGUUUCAGGCCGUUCCCUACCUCACCCGGACUUUAAUAGAAGGCCACCACUCCCUUCGGGUACAAGGGCAACAUCAUACCCAAGAGCUGGAAGCUAACCACUUAACCGAACCAUCCUCAAUUCUUCGAGAACGCAGACUAGUUUGACCCUUCGAGGUUCGACUGUAGUAACGUUGCGCCAUUCACCUGCGUUUCUUACGGCAGUGCAGUCCUCGACCUGGAACGGAGAUGAGAAAGGUGAGUAUACUUGGUCCUCCUGUACCACAUUAUAAAGAAUAUACAUUCUCAGGUCUUGGAUCCAGAUGACAAGAUCAUUCACUCUUUCGGCUCUAUUACCACAAAGGGAAGUAUAUUCAUAAUCACUAAGGUCAAAGAAUCUUAGCUCCAAAUGCUAACUUUUCUCACUAAGGAUUUUCCAGUACAGUCUGUCGUAACAUGGGUGGUACACUCGAGUGCAUACAUGAUAAGCUAAAGUAUCUUUUAACUCGUCUGGCCCGGAAAUAUAUUUUUUGGACAUGCGUAUGUUACCUGUAUACAUGCAGUAGGAUCAUUCUAAGGUGUAUGCGUUCAUGUGUGAGGUCUAAUGCACCUCGGACAUGAUAUCCGGGUUCUCAGAUGUCUUAGGGUCCGUCCUUCAUACUUCAGUGUUAAAGCCAUCUACUUCGGUAGUUCCGAGCCUGUGAAGCAGUUUUUGGCUACUACUCCGUACAUAGUAUCGGUACAUUAUACGGGUCAAAACAUAGUAAAAUCUUCUCGCGACCUACAUCGCCUGUUAACGCAAUUCUUCUUCAUGUUCUUCGAUCUAAUCUAGAUGGCAAAAGUGGAACGUUGGAACGUUCAACCAGGGUUUCAGUGAGGGAAAAAUUUGAUCGAUUUUGAAUGGUUGUUUUAUUUCAUCCAACUCGAUAGACGUGGUAGAGAGCGAUAGUUGUUUACGAAGAAGCAUGCCAGACCUUCAAUAGACGGCACACAUGCGCUAGAACGUAUAUUGCGGAUUCUUCAAAGUUCUCAAGUGCUCCAUCGUUGCUCGCAAAGAGGAGCUAUUUGUGUAGUCGAAGAUUUCUGGUGACUGUAAUGGCAUGGAUUUUAUUGCAAUUAUUUAUAUAUAUAUAUAUAUAUAUAUAUUUUACGUGUAAUAACAGACGUAUUUCCUACGAGCUUUGCGUACAGUUUGCUGCUUCGGGUUUUGUACCAAUCUGAGCUCAGGUACAUGCAACACAACAUCAAAAGAAAGUCGUGUCAAAUACCUAUAUCUCCUGUGGUAUCGAAUAUUUUUUGCCCUUUAACUUCACUAAGAGAUGCAUAAUUAAUCGACGUAGUUAAUUUUUACUAAAGCCCCUUCCUGAUCAGGCACAUCCACAUGCAGAUUGUGAGUUUCUGUAAUUACUACGCACGAAGUUUUGGUCAUGGAAUCAUUAAGAGUUCCACGUCCUCAGUACAGCGUGAGCUGCGUUGACCGGAGCAGAUG